UUUUAAAAGUCUCAGUUUAAUUUAUAUGUUAUUUGCUUUUAAUUUUAUAUUGUUAUCAAUCAAAAACAUGCUUAAAUUUACGAACCUCAAUUAAAAUUGUACACCUGGAAUGCAAUCGAAGGAAAAGAGUUUACCACCGCGACAACGUAAGGAGAAAAGGAUCAAUCGCGAUGCAAAUCGAGGCCAAUGGUCAUCCAAAACUGAAUUUAUACUCACGCUCAUUGGCUAUGCCAUCGGCAUUGGCAAUGUCUGGCGUUUUCCCUACCUCUGCUACCGCAGCGGCGGCGGUGCAUUCUUGGUACCGUACAUGCUAAUGGUUAUUCUAUGCGGCAUUCCGUUGUUCUAUAUGGAGGUGAUGAUUGGCCAAUUCUCGGGCACUGGCUGCACGGGAAUGUUUCGAUUGGUGCCCUUACUGAAGGGCACCGGCAUUUGCAUGGUUAUUGUGAAUAUGUAUUGUGUAUGCUACUAUUCGGUUAUCAUAUCAUAUCCGGUGCGCAUGAUGUAUUAUUGUUUCUGGAAGACUGUGCCAUGGAUAGACUGCAAGCAUCCAUGGAACUCACCCAAUUGCACCACCGUUGAGAAGGUCAGUGAGUCCAUCCCCCCCAAAAGAACUAAAUAUAAGCUCCUAAAUUCUUCACUUUGGUUUUCAAUAUAGUUGCAAUAUGUUGAAGGUCGCGCCGCGACAUCGGCAGAUGAGUUCUUUCACCUGGAAGUGUUGCGCAUUUCGGAUAGCAUAGCCCAUCUCGGUGGCAUGGUGUGGGAGCAGUUUCUCAGCUUAUUUAUCACAUGGGUUAUCAUUUUUCUGUGUGUGUUGAAGGGCAUUAAAUCGGUGGGGAAGGUAUCCUACUUUACGGCCCCGUUUCCGUACGUAUUGCUAACCAUACUAUUUGUUCGUGGAGUUACAUUGCCCGGCGCUAUAACUGGCAUCAAAUUUUUAUUUUAUCCGGAAUGGCAUCGUCUGCUCGAUCUGAAAGUCUGGGCCGAUGCGGCCAUACAGAUGUUUUUCGGUCUCGGUCCCGGCUGGGGCGGCAUUGUCAACAUGGCCAGUUUUAAUAAUUUUCGCAACAAAGCCAAAUUCGAUUCCAUUUUGGUUGUUUCGAUCAACGUGUUUACAAGCAUCUAUGCCGGCAUUGUGGUCUUCUCCGUAUUGGGCUUUCUAUCGUUCCGAUCGGGCAUACCCGUGGCCACAGUCGCCACCUCGGGCGCUGGACUGGCGUUUGUUACCUAUCCGGAGGCGAUUGCCAUGUUGCCCGUGCCACAGCUCUGGGCCUUCAUGUUCUUUAUCAUGCUGUUCAUCUUGGGUAUUAAUAGUGUGUUUGUUCAACUGGAGUCCAUUACCUCAUCGAUGUUGGAUGAGAUUGAUGCCUUGCGCAACUAUAAAGUGUGGGUUAGCUUAAUGUUAUGCAUAAUAUUCUUCUCGCUUUCGACCGUAAUGUGCACCAACGCUGGCAUGUAUAUAUUGCAAUUGUUCGACUGGUACUCGUCGGCCAUAUCGAUUAUCGUUAUUUGCCUGGUGGAGAUCGUUAUGGUGGCGUACAUCUAUGGCAUUGACAAUUUCAUAACAGAUAUUGAGUUCAUGUUGGGUAAGCGGCCCAGCCUCUUUUGGAAGAUAUGCUGGAAAUAUAUAACUCCAAUCGUACUGAUCUUUGUCCUGCUAACAAGCGUCAUAUUUAUGAGACAAAUUACAUACAACGGGAUUGAAUAUCCCAAUUGGGCGAUUAUCCUGGGCUGGUUAAGUUUUCUGUCCUCGGUUAUGUGGAUACCGCUCUAUGUGCUCUACAUUAUGAUCAAAAAGCGGGAUACAUUGUGCGAUAGCAUGAGAAAGCGAGUAAGGCCCUACGAUUGGACCCCAGCCAAUCCAGACGAUCGUGCCGAAUACGAAGCCUUCAGAAGACAACGGAAACUUCCAGCAUUUAUGUCCGAAACGGAAGUCGAGCCGGAUAUGGUGGUUAAAAAAUAACCAUACCAAUUCAUAAGCUACUAGGAUGGAUUUCUGUUCAAAUUCAAUUGAUUAUUUUAAAACAUUUGACAAAAUAUAUUUUUUUAUUAUAUGUAUACACGGUAUAUCGCACGGCAAACCUUUAACAAAUGCAAAUGCAAAUCAACGUUAGUUCACCUCCUCGGUGACCUCAUAGAGCUGAUGUGUGAUAUCAGCAUUGCCGACAACCUCCUCAUAUUGCUGCCGAUCCUCCAUUUCUGUGGGAUACCAAUCGUUGGGUCGACAGGCGCGCCUAAACCUAUCACAAAAUCCGCCCGUAUUCUGGCACAUUAUAUACACACCAUAGCCCGGUAUAAAGAGCAUGGGCACCAGCACCAGAAUCAGACUUAUGUGUAACAUAACGGAUGAGCUGAACGCAUGCUCCAUCGAUGAAAUGAAUACCCCAAUGAGCUGAAAGCAAAGAAAAAUAUUUUUAAUCUGAUCACGAGUGGAAUAUGAAUCAUAUACUACAAACCAAGGUGUACAAGAGAAAAAGCGGUGCUAUAAAGCGCAAUAUGAAGAUCUUCCACGAGGCAAAUGGCUGUCCAAUCAUGAAUUCUAUAUCUCGCUGGAAGCGCUCGCGUCCAUAGACCCAAAGCACCGCCAGCAGGAGUAGCAAGUGCAUAACGCUAUGGGUCAUAAUGGCAUCCAAAGAUAACGCCGAGAAGUACAUAACUCCAUGCUGUUAAAGAGAAGAAUAAAAGGGAAUAUAUAAGAGUCGGUAUAAAAAGGAGCGGAAUGCAGGGGAAUGUAUUAAAAUGGAAUGAACUGGAAUAGAAUGGAAUGAAGUGGAGGGAAAUGCAAUGGAAUAAAUGAAGUGAUAUGCAAUGAAAUAGAUUGAAAUGAAAUGGAAGGGAAUAAAAUAGGAUAGAAGGGAUCGAAAUAGAAUGAAAUGGAAUGGAAUGCAAAGAAAUGAAAUGAAAGCAAUAAAAUUGAUUGUAAUUGAAAGGAAUAGAUUGGAGUGGAAUGGAAUGAAAUAGCAUAAAAUGUACUGGAAAUGGAA